AUGGCGAUGGCUGCCUCGCGGAUCGGCGCCGUUGAGGAAAACACGAAGACAUGGACACUAACUGCGACUCGACUGAUGGUGGUCGACUUUGCGAAGUUCCUGAAGCUGGGUCGUGUGUGCUUGGUGGAUUCAGACCGCGGAAGCCCCUGGUCCGCCCUAGCUCUCCGCGCCAUCGUCUCCUCCCGCACCGCCUUCGUCGCCGUCAAACCAACGCCUCGAAAAACUGCGCAGGGCGUGACGUCACCUACCAACGCCUCCCUUAUCUCUUAUCGCUCUUAUCGCGAGAGAUGUCUUGACGGCCUUCUUGUGACCCACAUCGAUACGGAAGGAAAAGUCGGGUCCUGGGCGCAGGUCACAAUCGCCACUUACCAGUCGGGCGAGCGAGCGAUCUCCUUCUGGCAAGUGUACCAAGUGACUCCCAAGCACAAGCAACAUCUCCUUCCUUCAGGCUUGUGGACGCUGAGGAGCCGGAAGCCCGAAGGCAAAGAGACAGGUGGAUCGAAAACGGACGCUUCAGAACCAGUCGAAAGGGAAUUGAGAACCGAUUCGGAAACGAAUUCGAGGGAGGAGGUUUCGAUCAAGGAGUCGAGAAGGGAAUCGGAUUCGAUUAUGGAGUCGAGAAUGGUUCUGGAUUCGAUUAAGGAGUCGAAAAGAGGGUCGGAUUCGGGGAAACGAUUAUUAACAAAGGAUUCCCAAGGGCAUACGAUCGAGGAUUCGUCAAGAAAUUCGAAAGAGGCUUCGGAAAAGGAGUCGAAGAAACCGGCUCUCUCGACCGCAGGAGAGAACGCCGUCACGAGGUGGGAGAAAACGAAAAGCGAGAUCCUGCAGUCCAAGGGCGAGGAGACGGUCUCUCGAGAGAUGCUUCACGGGCGUCUCGAGAUGGUUGAAGGAGACCCGCUGUUGCGCCGACAGGACCUCUCGGGCUUCCAUCUCCGGUGCACAACGCUGUCGGCUCCGCCCCGCAUGAUCCUGCAGUCGAGGGCGGGCGGCGAGGCGGUCGACGUCGAGGGAAUAUUGGGUCACGUCUUUCGCCAUCUUCAGGAGGUCACCAAUUUCACAUCCACCUGCCUCCCCACCAGCGACGGCCAGUGGGGGGGGCAGGAGAACGGCAGAUGGACGGGGAUGGUCGGGGACAUCGUGAACGGCGAGGCUGACAUCGCCGUCGCUUCCCUUGAUGUCACGUUCCAGCGCAGCACAGCGGUGGACUUCCUGUUGCCGGUUCUGCAUACGGAAUACAAAAUGAUCAUGAAGCGCCCUACCAACGACGACCGCGUGUGGUCGGCCUACACGGAGGAGUUCGAGGGCGAGGUGUGGCAGGUCCUCCUCGUCCUCACGCCUUUGCUCAUCCUGUCCCUCUACUUUGCUUCCGUCCUGGUUCCAGUCGAGGAGAGCAUGACCCUUGCGGAGGCCUUCACCACCGUCACGGGCGCUCUCUGCGGUCAAAGCACAGACAUCGAGUUGAGGAUGAUGCCAAGCCGCCUGGUAUUUCUCACGAUACUGCAAUUGCAAGUCCUCCUUCAAGCCUACUACACGUGCGUCCUGGUGUCCUCGCUCGCCCUCGGUCCUCCGCUGCCGGAUAUCGAGUCCAUUUCCGACGUCCAGCGACAUCCUAGUCUUCAGCUCGGUUUCGUGCGGGGGUCCUCCAUCACGGAAUAUUUCAAGAACUCGGCCAACCUCGAGUACCAGAGCGUGUGGCACUCCACCGUCGAGCAUUCCCUUCCGGAGAGUCGUCAGGAAGCCAUGACCCGCGUCCUCGAGGAUUCCUACGUGUUCCUGGACGCCAUAUCCUACCUGAGGGACAACCACGGCCAGGACUGCCGGCUGGUGAUCAUGCCCCAGGCCUAUUUCCCCUCCCAGAGCGCCUUCGCCGUCAGGAAGGGGGCGCCGUUCGUGGCUCUGUUCAAUAGCAUCAUCCUGAAGAUGAGAUCGUCGGGCCUCUUGAAAAGGUGGCAAAGUCUCUUCGUGCCAAUUUUGCCCGAUUGCAGCCAGGCGGAGAGCGAGGCUAUUCAAUUGGCCACCGUCGCUACGCCCUUCCUCAUGUUGGGGACGGCCAUACUAAUAUCGCUCUUAUGCCUCCUGUCUGAAAGGGCGAUUUGGAGGAGGUGGUCAGGUGAGGUUGGGAAGUAAGGAAGGAAAGUGCUAAUAUCGCUCUCGUGAUGCGUGGCUGGAAGGGCGAUUCGGAGGAGAUAGAUCACGGAAACUCAGAGAGAUGCCAAUAUCAAGCCUUAUAUUACGAAUACAAAAAGGCGAUCCACUGGAAAUGACACGGUGAAAUCAAGGAGAAAAACAAUAUCGCUCUUAUGUCGCUGGGCCAGAAGGUCGAAAGAGGCGAGUGAGUGAUUCAUACGAAGAGGACGGGGAAGGGUCAUAUCGUUCCUAUGCUACCUGGCAAUACAGGUGAAAUGGUCAUUAAUGUGCUUCACGAAAGAAUAAGUUUAAUCUAUGUUAAGCUUGAUAAAAGUAAUCAUAACACACGAUAACAGUGAUUAUGUUAGCACAGGUGUUCUUUUUCAUAAUUUAGCAUGAUUGUGUCAUCACUGCAAUUACUGUCAUGGUUAUCAUUAUUACUACUACCACUGU